CAAUUGCCAUCUCUAUCCGCAAAGCUUACACCAAGCAAAUUCUUACCCAGGGAUUCAGUCAAUUUCUCAUCUCGCCGAAGCCGUGGAAAACCCCCCAAGACACCCAGCAACUUCAAUUUGCAUGCAUUCUCUCCCCUCGCAUAAAUUCAUUCAGAAGAUCGCAAGGAAGAGAAGUAAUCAAAUUUACUGAUUGAGUAGAAAUUAGAAAAAGAAGUCUUGGGAUUGAGAGCUACAAAUAAUGUCGUGGUUGCGAUCGGCGGUCAACAAGGCAGUGGAGGUGGGGAACAAGAACAACCUCACCCGCACCGUGAAGAACUAUGCUGACUCCGUCGUUCAUCAAGCCGGCCAAGCUGUUGCCGAGGGCGCCAAACUCCUCCAAGAUCGCAUGGGUGGUCGAAACAUUAAAAGCUUCAAGCAGACUGUGCGAAGGUUGGAAGAGGCUUCCAUUUCAUGCAGGGGACGCGAGAGAGUUGAGUUGAUGAGACGAUGGUUAGCUGUCCUGAAAGAAACUGAAAAAUCUUAUGGUAUUACUCUUGAAGAUAAGGACAAGAACAAUGAGCAGCAUCAACUUGUUGAAGAACCAAAGGAGAGCCCAAGAAGACAGUCAAUGGUGUUGUACUGGGACCCAGAUAUGGGGGGUGAACCUUUGACUUUUCGUGAUGUCUUUCUUUGCAGUCAGGCUUUGGAGGGAAUAUCCAUAUGUAUGAUUCUUGAAGCUCCAAAUGAAGAUGAAGUUUCUAUGCUCCUUGAAUUGUUUGGUCUCUGCCUCACAGGAGGGAAAGAAGUGCAUAAUGCAAUAGUGAGCAGCAUUCAAGAUCUUGCAAAAGCUUUCUCCAGCUACCAAGAUGAAGUAUUGGUUAAGAGAGAGGAAUUGCUUCAAUUUGCUGAAGGAGCCAUCACAGGGUUGAAAGUCAAUGCUGAUGUUCAGAGGUUAAAGAAUGCCCAAAUCAAUGCAGAAGUCGCUGUUUUGAAGAAACAACUGGAUGAAUUAGGAGCAUCACAUAGUCAUGGUGGUGAUGUUCAUGAAACAAUCAUUAAACAGAGCACUGCUCCGACAAUAGAGGAUCUUAAAGCGGCACUUGCGCCUAUCCGAGUUUGUUCCAGAUUAGAAGGGCUUCUACUGAAAAAGAAAGCUCUUAGAUAUGGAGACACAGCUGAAAUUCAUUCUCAAAAGGUUGAUAAGUUGAAAGUCUUGUUGGAAUCUUUGGCGAGCUCUUCCUCAAAAGCUGAGAAGCGCAUCUCUGAUAACAGGCUUCAUAAAGAAGAUGCAUUGAAGUUCCGAGUGAGCAAAGCCAGUGAAGUUAGUGAAAUAGAAAAGGAACUAGCAGCUGAAAUUUCUGUUCUUGAAAAACAGAGGGAUGAACUUGAAGCUCAAUUGAAGAAGGUUAAUAUCUCCCUGUCUGCUGUACAAGCUCGUCUUCGCAACGUAGUGGAAGAGAGGGAUCAGUUCUUUGAGGCCAAUGAUCAGAUUGUUGCCCAUUUAAAAAAUAAGGAGGAUGAACUAGCAAAAUCCAUUACUUCAUGUCGUGCAGAAGCAGAUGUUCUUAGUACAUGGAUCAAUUUUUUGGAAGAUACAUGGUCUCUUCAGUGUUCAUAUGUGGAGACUAAGGAGAAGGAAGUCAAUGCUGAAUUGGAGAGACAUGAAGGUUAUUUCACAAAGUUGGUCGGACAGCUGCUCUCUUCUUAUGAGAAAGAGUUGAGACCUUUUAUUGAUCGCAUUGGGAAGUAUGUGGAGAACUUGAAGAGCUUAAAUGAAGGGUUGGCGAUGACAUCUAAAGUGGAAGCUGAUGUUUCCGAAAUGUUGAACCCAAGGAGGAAUCUUGAGGAGGAAUACCUGGAUUAUGAAGCUAAGAUAAUAACAACUUUCAGCAUAGUAGACAACAUGAGAGAGCAAUUCUAUGCCCAACAGGGGAAAAUCUCCAGUAAAGAGAAUCUGAAGGUUAAAGAGCUAUUUGACAAUAUUGAGAAGCUAAGAGAGGAAUUUGAAUCCAUCGAAAGACCUACCUUAGAAAUGGAGAAUCCAACAAAAGAGACAGACAUAUCCUCUGGUGAAAAGCAGCAGGAAAGUGUUACAAAUUCUUUUACAGAACAAGCAGCAAAGGAACUUAAUGCUGGGAAAGUUAACAAUGACCCUCAGCCACCACCAGUUAAGUCAGAGCAGGUGCUGGACCCUGAGGCAGAAUUGGCAAAACUGGAGUCUGAAUUCGGAAAGGUAAACCGGGAUUACUCUGCAGAAGAAAUUGGUGAAUGGGAAUUUGAUGAGCUUGAGAGGGAGUUGAGAUCUGGUGACUCGUCAAGAAAGUAGAUGUGUCAAGUUAUCAAGAUUGGUAAGUAUUUCAUACCGUUCAAUUGCCAGUUGUACAAUCUAGAUGAAGGAUUUUGAACUCAAGCAUAUUUUGGCCUUGGAGUUCAUUGUAACGUUUCUGCCAUUUCAAUAUAUUUGUUUUUCUGUAAAUUCUCAUACAACCUUGUAUGAACAUCUGUAAAAUCAGAGGAUGUUUGGCGCUUGAUGUAUGUAAUGUAUUCAGCUGAGUAUGGUUAAAAGA